ACACCGGGUGACGUUUGUGGGCGGCGUGAGAAGCUUCUAGCGAGCGACCUACUGAGUUAUUAAUACUCCCCCCACACGAGGCCACCAGAUAUCUUGCCCCAGAGCAACUGAGGAAGCGAGAGAAGAGAGAUACAAGGAAGUGAGGAGAAACUAGUAUUUCAUCACAUCACCAAGGGAAGAGGAACCAUGGGGGGGCAGGGCAAGGCAGAGGCCACACCCCAGGAGCUGAAGGAGCAGGGGAACCAGGCGUACAAGGAGGGUGACUGGGACAAGGCUCUCGAAAAAUACACACAGGCUAUCCAGAUCAGCACAGAGGAGAGAGACAAGGCAGUGCUGUACAAGAAUCGUGCUGCUGUACAUCUCAAGUGUGAGGACUUCGACAAGACUGUGAAGGACUGCACUCAAUGCCUGGAGCUCACCCCUAAAGACCCUAAGGCACUGUUCCGCCGCGCCCAGGCCUACGAGUCACUAGAGCAGUUUGAGAAGGCCUAUGCUGACAUCAGGGCUGUGCAGGCGUUGGACCCAAAGAACAAGGAAGUGCAGACUAUGUUGGAACGAGUACAUAAAGUGGUGCAGGAUUUGAUUGAGGCAAAGACCAAGACAUCAGGCAAGGUGCAGCAGCUGUUUGAGAUCCUGUUCGACCCCAGCCAUGAGAAGGACAAGCGGGAGACGUGUGCGAACAACCUAGUGGCUUUGGCAAGGGAGAGAGCCGGUGCUGAGUUGCUGCUGAGUCAGGGAGUGAUAGGACGCAUCAUUCAGCUGCUCAAGACAGAGAGGAACCUUGAAAUCAGAGUGGCGUGUGCAAGAACCUUCUCUGAAUUCUGCCGUGACACUGCCAGGGCCAAGAGGAUGCUAACAGAGGUGGGGAUUCCUUGGUUCCUCGAGCUAAUGAACAGCCCGGAUAAGGAGCUGGUUAAUGCUACACAAUACACUCUACAGGUCAUCCUCAACAGUCUCACCGGGAUGGAUAUCAAGCUGGAGAAGAAACCGGAUAAACAUAUGCUUGCUGAGAACCAGAAGGAGGUGGACAGUCUGAUGGCCACAAUGGUGAGCAUGAUGACACAGCGCACCAUGUCUGGCCUCUGUCGGGAUGCCAUUAUAGAACUAGUGCUCAAGAACCUGGCCUGGGACCGCCUCGAUUGGGGAGACAAGUUCAUCAGGAUGGGAGGUGUUGAGAAAUUACUGGAUAUUGCCUCAGAACUUCCUGAAUUCAGUUUUGAGAGCUGCAUUGAAGUGACAGAGAACACACGCAUGACCACCUCCAUCUGUCUGUCACGCAUGUAUGAAACCCAGUGUGACGACAAGGCCCGUGCCGCCCUCAGGGAACGCAUCGAUGAGUAUGUGAGACUCCGGCUCCUAACUCCUGACCGGGAGCACCAGGUUCGAGUGGUGGUGGUGGUGACGACACUGCUGCUGGGGCCCCUCGACCUGGGCAACCAUCUCAUCGCCAAGGAGGGCAUGUUGGAGAUGAUGCUGGUCAUGGCUGGCACUGAUGAUAUCCUGCAGCAGAAGGUGGCAUGUGAGGCACUCAUCGCUGCCGCCUCCAAGAAGGACAAGUGCCGCUCCAUCACCACACAGGGCACCGACAUCCUGAAGAAGCUGUACCAGAGUAAGGAAGACUCCAUCAAGGUCCGUGCUCUAGUGGGUCUCUGCAAACUUGGCUCUGUCGGCGGCACUGAUGCUUCCAUGCGGCCGUUCGGUGAGGGUGCUGCCCUCAAGCUGGCCGAGGCAUGUCGCAGGUUCCUGGUCAACCCCUCAAAGGACAAGGACAUGAGGAGGUGGGCAUGUGAGGGGCUGUCCUUCCUCACACUGGAUGCUGAGGUGAAGGAGAAGCUGAUUGCUGACACAGAUGCCCUGCACUCCAUGAUUGAGCUGGCCAAGUCAGGUGACAUGAACUGCCUGUACGGUGUAGUGGCAACCUUCGUCAACCUGUGCAACGCGUAUGACAAGCAGGAGGUGAUCCCGGAGAUGGUGGAGCUGGCUAAGUUUGCCAAGCAGCAUGUCCCGGAGGAGCACGAGAUGGACGACCAGGAUUUUGUCGACAACCGCAUCACUGUUUUGGCGCAGCAAGGGGCCAGCUGGGCUCUCGCAGUCCUCAGCAAGACAGAAAGCCACAACUCCAAGGAACUUAUUGCUAGGCUGUACAAUGCGAUAUGCUCCAUACAAGACAACCGUGGCCUGGUGGUGCAGCAGGGCGGUGUCAAGGCUUUGCUGGGCCUGGCGGCGGAGGGCACAACGAAGGGCAAGGUGACAGCAGCCCAAGCCCUCGCCCGCAUUGCUAUCACCAUCAACCCUGAAGUGUCUUUCCCGGGACAAAGAGCGUAUGAGGUGGUGCGUCCCCUGCUGAAGCUGCUUGACCCAGACUGCUCUGGCAUUGAGAACUUUGAGGCUCUGAUGGGCCUGACAAACAUUGCUGGCAUGUCUGAGUCAGCUCGUAAGCGUAUCAUCAAGGAGAAGGGCCUGCCUCUCAUUGAGCACUACAUGUUUGAGCACCACGACCUGAUCAGGAGGGCAGCCAUCCAGUGCAUGGCCAACAUGUGCGCCUCACAGGACAUCAUCAAGAUCCUGGAGGGCAAGAAUGACAAGUUCAAGUACCUGACCCUAUGUGCAUCGGACGAGGAUGAGGAGAUUGUGAAGGCGGCGGCCGGGGCAAUGUGCAUGGUGAUGGCAGAGUCCCCCGUGUGUCUCAAGAAGGUGUUUGAAGUGAAGGACUGGAGUGAGAUCCUUCAGUUCCUGUUGUCCAGUAGCAACAAGGACAUCCAGUACCGUGGCACCGUCAUCGUGUACCUGCUGGUGUGCCAUGACAAGGAGUGUGCCGAGCGGGUCAUUGACACUCAUUGCAAGACCGCCUUGCAAGCUAUUUCCAAGAUCGACAACCCAGACCUGGUGCUGCCCAAGGCGAGGGAGUACGCCCACAACACACUCAAAGCCUGUGCCAACCAGUGGAAGCUCAUCAAGGACCCUGACGCUGAGGAUGACUGAUCAACACACAAAGUAGGCAAUGUCACAUACUUGGCCCACUCACUGAGGCCAGGAUGAGGAGCAAGUUGUGAGGUCUAGUGAUGAGAGGAUGUGUAAAUGUGCCAACCAGUGGAGGCCUAUCAAGGACCCUGACAACGAGGAUGAGAGAUAAACACACAAUGACCAUGAUAUCACCUGGGCUAUAACUUAUGAACCAGAUGUACGGAAGUGAGAAAAACAGUGGUAGUGAUGAUUUUAGCAUUACAUCACUAUCAUUUCAUUCUCUCUAAGUGAAGUGAAAUUAAUAUUACCAGCAUCACUCAAUCAAGUGCUUCUUAUUUAAACUUAAAAAAAUGGUGUUUGUGUUUGGUUAAUGUACAUAUGUUCAUGUUAGCAUCAUUAAACUGGAAAAUAGUGAUACAAACCAGUACAUUAAAAGAUAUAGAUAGUGACAUGUGGUAGUAUUAAAGAUGGUGUACAUACUUCUGUGAAUCAACAUUUCAGUGCCUUGCGUGGAGUGUAAGCUGGGCCUGUCUUCCUAAACACUUUGCUCUCUUAUCAGGACUAGAUUCAAAGGCCACAGAGAUGAUCAGUCAGGUGGUAAGGGUGGUUUUUCUAUUGGCAGUGUAAAAAAAUGCUCUUGAAAAUCCCGGGUAACUUCCACUACAGCUUGUAUGUAAGAGAUAGGAAUACAGUGUUCUUAGUGAUAUGAUUUUUUGUACUUAAUAAUUGUUGUUUUGAAUGAUGUGAUUCUUGUUGACGUUUGUAAAAAAAUAUAACCUACAAUUGU